AUGGCUUCUGAGCCUCAGUUUGCUGACGGCAUUGACCCCGAGCGGCUUCGCCCGUCCUUGAACGCGCUACAGAGCAAUGGAUGGACCUUGGACGAGGAUAAGAUUGGCAUCAAAAAGACCUUUUAUUUCAAAUCUUAUUUCAAGGCAGUGAGCUUCGUCAACGUGAUUGCUUCACAGAGUGCCACCAAGAAACAUCAUGCCACAAUGACGAUUAGAUUCGGAUCAGUCGAUGCAUACUGGACGACUCACCACCCUCGAGGCCUUACCGAUAAGGACACUUCGAUGGCGCAGUUCUGUGAUCAGGCAGCGGAGUUGGUGGGCGUGGUGGAACAAGGACAAGGCCUCAAGUGUGGGCCGGGGGCGUAG